UAUCUGUCCCCCAGUGUGUCCUAUGUGAACCUGCCGUGAACCGUACCCUACAGCUCUACGGUGAACCUCUCCACUGUUUGCGCCAAUGCACCCCAGCUGUGAAGAAAUUACACCUCAUCUGGUACCAGGUUGGGGAGGAGCUGGAUUCUUCCCUGAAUCACUCUGCCAGGGACCUGUGUUCUGAAUCACUCUGCGAGGGACCUGUGUUCUGAAUCACUCUGCCAGGGACCUGUGUUCUGAAUCACUCUGCCAGGGAUCUGUGUUCUGAAUCACUCUGCCAGGGACCUGUGUUCUGAAUCACUCUGCCAGGGACCUGUGUUCUGAAUCACUCUGCCAGGGACCUGUGUUCUGAAUCACUCUGCCAUUACUCAUCUCACCCUAACCCUAACCCUGUAUUCUGAAUCCAAUUCAAUGGUGCAAUUAACGACUUCUCAGGCUGAGGAGUGAGUUUACAAAUCCAUACCUGUUAAAGUCCACAAUCACCAUCUCUUCAUAAAUGUAUUGUACCCAAAGGAAGAGACUGCAGCUGAGCCGAGUCAUAUUCCUCCUGUCUGGUGUUCUAUUGUGUUGUCUCUACCAGCUGUCUAUCACCUCCAAGCUCUCCCCAGGACCCUGGCCCCAUGCCCUGCCCCAAAUAGGUGAGGGGUCUGGGGAUGGAAAGGGACUGACAGGGGCCCUCCUGGAGGAAGUUGCAUUGGAGAAUUUAAGGGAGGGGGGACACAGUGUUGACACACAAGAGGAGGAAAUUAUAGAUUUGGUGACAACUGAAUUAUCCGAUUAUUUCUCUGAGACGACUACAGAUGAUAUCACACCAUCCACUACCACUGAGGUCUCAUCAUCAUCAUCAUCAUCAUCAGUGACUACAAUCCGGACUAUCGUUCACUGUAUAUAUGUAGACCUGGAGCCUCCCAUUCAGAUCCCCACCCUUCCCAACCCACCACCCACCCAUCUAGUCCCAAACACCACCCAAUCCUCCCCUGCCGAUCCGGGGGACGCCCCUCAUCAGAAAGGAGAGUACCCGACUGAUAUCUUCUCCGUGGAGGACCGGAGACGAGGCUGGGUGUCGCUCCACAUCUUCGGGAUGAUGUACAUGUUCGUCUCACUCGCCAUUGUGUGUGACGAAUUUUUUGUCCCUGCGCUCGGCGUCAUCACAGACCAGCUCGCCAUCUCCGACGACGUGGCUGGGGCAACCUUCAUGGCGGCAGGAGGCUCCGCUCCGGAGCUCUUCACCUCUCUGAUUGGCGUGUUCAUCUCUCAUAGCAAUGUGGGCAUCGGGACGAUCGUGGGGUCGGCAGUGUUCAAUAUCCUGUUCGUCAUCGGCAUGUGUGCCAUCUUCUCCAAGGAGAUGCUGCACCUCACCUGGUGGCCCCUGUUCAGGGACGUCUCCUUCUAUAUCAUAGGCCUGAUCAUGUUGAUAAUCUUCUUCCUGGACAACACCAUCAUGUGGUAUGAGAGUAUAAUGCUGGUGGCUGGCUACAGCUCCUAUGUCUGCUUCAUGAAGUACAACGUUCAGCUGGAGGCAGCAUUCAAGAAGCAGCUCAGGAAACAUCAGCACAUCAUUCAUAUCAUCACUGUGGCUGUUGAGGAUGAACCUGAUAAGGACGAGACAGCAGGUCAGGAUAGUAGCCCUCCUGCCCCAGAAGACAAGAAACUACUAAAGUUGAAACCUGUCCUCCAGAGAGGAGGAAGUUCAGCCUCUCUUCACAACUCCACCAUGAGGAACACCAUGUACAAGCUGAUGAUUCACACACUAGACCCCCUGGGAAACAACAAAGAACCAGCUGUCCCUGCACCCUCAGCCACCCCUGCUCCAGCCCCAGCCAAGGAGGAGGAGACAAAGAAGGAACAGCCAGAGGGUCAGAUGGAGAACAAAUCGUCAGCAGGUGGUUCGUCUUGUGGUGAGGAUGAUGAUGAUGAUGAUGAUGAUGAUGAUGAUGAUGACGACAGUGAUGAAGAUAGUUCUGAUGAGGAAAGUUCUGAUGAGGAAAGUUCUGAUGAAGAUGACGAUGAGGAAGAUGAGGAAGAUGAUGACCUUGAUGACAAGCCUCUGUCUUUGGUGUGGCCGGACACCAGAUGUAAACAGGCCACCUAUCUGUUCCUCCUGCCUAUAGUCUUCCCUCUGUGGCUCACCGUGCCCGACGUCCGUAACCCGGUUUUUGUGAUCACCUUCCUGGGGUCUAUCCUAUGGAUCGCCAUCUUCUCCUACCUCAUGGUGUGGUGGGCACAUCAGGUGGGAGAGACCAUAGGCAUCUCAGAGGAGAUCAUGGGCCUAACCAUCCUAGCUGCAGGAACGUCCAUCCCUGACCUCAUCACUAGUGUUAUUGUGGCCCGUAAAGGACUGGGGGAUAUGGCUGUGUCCAGUUCUGUGGGCUCCAACAUCUUCGACAUCACCAUGGGCCUGCCAGUCCCGUGGUUAUUGUGGUCGUCGUUCCAUGGUUUUGCUCCGGUGCCCGUCAGCUCCAAUGGUCUGUUCUGUGCCAUUGUGUUGCUCUUCCUCAUGCUCCUCUUCGUCAUCAUCAGUAUUGCUGUGUGUAAGUGGAGGAUGAACAAGAUGCUGGGAUCUACCAUGUUCUUUCUCUAUUUUGUCUUCCUGGUGCUGAGUGUUCUGCUAGAGGACAGAGUUAUCAUCUGUCCUGUGUCCAUCUGACACUUUUGUCUUCCUGGUGCUGAGUGUUCUGCUAGAGGACAGAGUUAUCAUCUGUCCUGUGUCCAUCUGACACUUUUGUCUUCCUGGUGCUGAGUGUUCUGCUAGAGGACAGAGUUAUCAUCUGUCCUGUGUCCAUCUGACACUUUUGUCUUCCUGGUGCUGAGUGUUCUGCUAGAGGACAGAGUUAUCAUUGAUGGAAUUUAUUUGACAAUUUGUCAAAUACAUAUGGGCGCUUCAGCCGGUGACACCUCCACAAAAUAGUUUGCUUCAUAACAUGAGAUAAUUAGUACAAUUUCCUAAUAAACAUUGAGUGCACACACACAAACACACACCCAAACAUACACGCACACACACAAAUGCAUACACACACACACACACACACACACACACACACACACACAGAAACAUACACACACCUGCUGGAGGAUCAAGUCAUUAUAUGCUCUGUUUCCAUCUGAGACUGAUUGUGUGAGGCCUCUCUUUUGGGGCUGAUUGUGUGAGGCCUCUCUUUUGCAUGGUGUCUGACCAGAUGAGUCUACAGGCAUGGUUCCAAAUUAAAUAGAUACUUCAGUUUAAAGAAAGUCACUAACUAGCAUUUGCGAGUAGAUACCAUAGGCUUCCAGUCAUUGCGCUAACACUAGUUAGCGUUGGCUCACGGAACUACCUCUAAUUUUCUUCAUGUUGGAUGCAGAGACAUACAGAUGGUAUGCAUGAGUUCAUCUGACUCUGAGGAAGUACAUAAAGUGCUUCUUUGCCAACAUCCAGAAGUAUCCCUUCAACAUUUUUCAUUGGUAGCACUGGUGCUCCCAACUUUAAAAUGUUAGGAGCACCACAUGAAACUUAGAAGCACCAGAAAACAGGAUGUGUUUGAUUCAGAGAUACAGCCUAUAUUAGGCUUUUAUAUGUGUCCUAGAAACUAAUAGGUAAAGAAAUGUGUUUAUUAUCAAAUGUUGAUAUUAAUACCUGUUAUUGACAUUACAAAAGUUAUUUUUCAAAUAUUAGGUUUCUGCAUUGUGUAAAAGCACAAUUUUCCUAUUGAGAUACAUUGAAUUGGAAAUUGUACACUGUCCCUUUAAACACUUCAGGUUUGUGAUGACAACAUGUAAGAGAUCUGUCAUUCAUUCAUUGCUGUGAUCCUUGACCUCCUGAAGAAGAUAUCCCCUUCCUUUCUUUCUGUGUCCCCAGAUGUUCGGAUAUACUGGUGAAGUUACCAGGUUGUUAGCUAGCCAAUGAGGUAACAUUACUGAACAAAGUAUAAACAAGUGGUUAACGACGCACAAGUAGUUUUAGAAUGGCCCAAAACAUAAUUUCAGAAUGUAAAAUGUGGUCCCUGAGAUCCGCUAUAGACAAUCCGCUAUAGACAAGUUGGUUGUUUCGCAACAAAACCGACUCAUGCCCAAAUAUGGGGCAAAACAGACUGGGUUGACUUAGAUUGUUGACAACAUGUUAACAAUAUUUAGUCUCCAAUGUUUAUUGAAAACAUAAAUGAAGCUAGCUACCUAGCAAAUUUGAGCCAUAUUACAAUAGACACCUCUAUUAGAAAACACCUCAAAACAAGAUCAAACUAGCUGAACGAGUCACUUACUAUUCGCCACGUGG